AAAUGUGGUGUUGCGAAUGUUAGAGCUGUGACAGGAACGUUAAAGGAUCAACCCAAUGCUCCAGCUGUCUUUUGUGAACUAGCAAUGCUGUCACUGCCAGCUAUUGCAGGACAAGCAAUUGAACCUUUAGCACAACUCAUGGGAACGGCUUAUGUUGGAAGAUUAGGUGUACUCGAGUUGGCUGCAGGCGGAGUAUCACUUUCAAUAUUCAAUGUUAUAUCUAAGGUGUUCAACAUUCCUCUCCUUAGUCUGUCUACUUCGUUUGUCGCUGAAGAUAUUUCUCAACACUCACACGAGGACACCACUCCAGAUAGAAGAAGGGCUUUAGCCUCAGUUUCUACAGCCUUAGCUUUAUCUUUUGCAAUUGGAUUAUUUGAGGCAGCAGCAAUGACCUUAGGAUCAGGACUCUUUCUGAACAUUAUGGGUGUAUCAACAGCUUCCCCAAUGCGUAGUCCAGCUGAAAACUUUCUUAGACUCAGAGCAAUUGGAGCUCCAGCAGUAGUGGUUUCUCUUGCCAUUCAAGGCAUAUUCCGCGGUUUCAAGGAUACAAGGACCACUGUCUUAUGUUUAGGAAUUGGCAAUUUGGCAGCUGUGUUCUUCUUUCCAGUAUCCAUGUAUACCUUUCGCUUGGGUAUAACUGGUGCAGCAAUUUCCACAGUUGCAUCUCAAUACAUUGUCACCAUUUUGAUGUUGUGGCAUCUGAACAAGAGGACCAUACUGCAGUUCUGCAAUAUGAAAAAUUUGCAGUUUGGUGACUACUUAAGAUCAGGUGGUUUUGUUCUAGGAAAAACUGUAGCUGUUGCAACAACAGUGACUUUGAGCACGUCAAUGGUUGCCCAUCUUGGAGCUCUAUCUGUGGCUGCUCAUCAGAUAUGCUUGCAAGUUUGGUUGGCUGCUCCACUCCUAGUUGAAGCUCAAGCUUCUGCUGCUCAGGCUCUAAUCGCAAGUUCAUUUGCUAAAGCUGAGUUCAGCAGAGUCAAAGAGAUAACAUAUGCAGUCUUAAAGACAGGAUUACUCACAGGUGUUGCUUUAGCUGUCAUAUUGGGCUUGUCUCUUCCUCUAUUGGCCAAAUUGUUUACUACUGAUGCACAAGUGCAAAAUAUAAUUGGAUCUGUUAUACUGCUCGUCAGUGCCAGUCAGCCUCUUAGUGCUCUGGCAUACGUUUUUGACGGUCUCCAUUAUGGUGUUUCUGAUUUCCCCUAUGCAGGUUGCUCGAUGAUGGUCAUCGGGGCAAUCUCAUCAGCAUUUCUCAUCCAAGCUUCUUCAAUGCUUGGUCUUUCAGGAAUUUGGUCAGGUUUGACUUUAUUCAUGGGGUUGCGCUCCAUCAGUGGAUUUUGGAGGUUAUCACAAAAAAGUGGUCCGUGGUGGUUCUUGCAGGACAGGAACGAACUUGAAACUAAGGUCGCAGUGAUUCCUGAACGGCAAUGAGUUCCGAAGCAUUACUUGCUUCUGUUGCAUUCAUCUUUCUUCAGCUCCUCAUUUCUUGACUCAAUUUGUUCCCUGUUCUAAACAUAUGAAAUAGUUGAGGAAUUUGUGGUAACUCAGUCUGUUUAGGUGGAGCUGCAUUAAGUUGUCUCCACAUUUUAUUCCAUGCUCGCAUAUUGAUAUAAUCGACACAACCUGAUGUUCAGUUGUCAAAAACCAUAUUCCUGUAAUGAGCACAGAUUGUAUUCUCCAGAUCCAAGGGCAACAUGGUUGAAGAUUAGAUACAACCUACUGUCUCUAUAGUUUCUUCUGUUAAAGUGUAAAACCACCGUACUUCAGAAAUUUUCUGUUCAUAUAAAUUUGGUCCUCUCAUGGGGUCAAGAAUGCCAGUGGGACAAAUAAAUUUGAGACCACGUAUGAAGUGUAGUUGCUCCAAUGAUUCAGGAGAUGGAGACCACUGACCAAAUAACAUGUUAUCAGACACAUGUGAUGUCCUGUUAAUUCAGCACAGCAGAGAGGAAACUACCCAAAUUAAAGAUGAUAUUGAAAUCUACAGCAACUGAUGAUUG